AUGUCUAAAAACCGGAGUGAUAUUUGGCUACAUUUCGAAGCUUCUGCCGAUGAUAGCAAAAAAGCGAAAUGCAACUACUGCAAUCAGACUUUAUCGAUAUCUGGUGGAUCUGUAGGAAAUUUGAGUCGGCACAUGCAAAGACUGCAUUGCACAAUUCCUAUCAAAAGAUCGGUGACGAACGUGGUUGAUGUACCUCCUACUCCAACAGACCUGAAUUCUGAAGAAUCAAAUCCAGCCAAGAGGAUGAGAGUUGAACCAAGUACAAGUGGAGCUAGCACUGGAAGUAGUGUAAUUAGAACGGAACCUCUGCAAACAAGUAUCUCCACGUUUUUCAGAAGCACGAAACCCGCUCCAAUCUCCAAGUGCAAAGAACUAGAUACUCAGCUAUUGAAAAUGAUUGUUAAGCGGUAUUACCCAUUUUCAAUAGUCGAGGAUCCGGAAUUCUUUAAGCUGAUGCAUAUAGCAAUCCCUGGUUACAAAGUACCGUGUAGGAAAACCUUAAGUCAAGGUUUGAUGCAGCAAACAUACGAUCGAACCAGGAGGAAAAUUCAAGAAGAAUUAAAUUCUGUGGAGUAUGUCAGUGUAACAACAGAUUCUUGGACAUCAAUUAAUAAUGAAAAUUGCACGGCCAUAACAGUGCAUUAUUUAUUAGAACAUGAUCAAUCACUUAGGUUAAAAUCUCAUUUGAUUGAUUGUUUUUCAUUCAACAAGAAACAUACAGCUGACAACUUAGCAGCAAUAUUACAAUCCAAAUUCGAAGAAUUCGAAAUUUCAAAUAAAAUUGUUUGUAUUGUGAGUGACAAUGCCGCAAAUAUUCUUGCAGCGGUAAGAAAAGGCAACUGGAAAUCCAAAGGAUGUUUUGCACAUUCAUUAAACUUAUUGGUGCAAAAUGGACUGGAAGAGAUUUCCGGUUUACUGAAUAAAAUUAAGGCCAUAGUGACCUUUUUCAAGCACAGUUCAUCAGCAAUGGCCAAACUAAAGCAAAUUGAAAAACAAAUGGGAAUGGAUGAACUCAAAUUGAAGCAGGAUGUCAUAACCCGGUGGAAUUCCACUUUCGAAAUAAUUCAGAGAGCAGUUUUGAUAAAAGAUGCUCUCAUUUCGACAUUGGCAUUGGAACAGCCUGAUUUAAAUAACAUAUCAUCAGCUGAAUGGGUCAUUUUGGAAAAAUUAGUGGAUUUGUUGGAAAUUUUCAAGGACAUAACAGAAGAAAUAAGCGCAGAAAAGAAUGUAACAAUUUCAAAAAUUUUAGUUCUUGUGUUUGCAAUUUAUCAACACAUACAAACUCAUUAUAACGCGAAGGACAUAGAGCCAGAACUGAAAGCCGUCCUACAGGUUUUCCGGGACAAUUUUUUCAGAAGAUUCGGCAAUGUUGAAGAUGUCGAUAUAUUGACCGAGUCAACAGUGCUUGACCCGCGAUUUAAAAAAUUCGCAUUCAAGGAUGAACGCAAAUUUAACAAAACGGUGUCAGCACUGCGUAACAAGCUGACAGCAUUGCAUAAUAUUAUGGUUCCUCCACCUCCUGAAGAUCAAUCAGCUGAAAAAAAUACCGAUCAAGAGCCUCAAAAACCACCGACAAAAUUGCCAAUGUUUUGGUCCAAUUUCGACAAAAAUAAAGAUAGUUUAGUACAAAAAAAAAAUCAUUCCGCCGCUGCAAUAAUAGAGUUGGACCGCUAUUUGAGUGAGCCUCCUAUUAGUCGACACGAAAAUCCAUUGGAGUGGUGGUAUGAAAGGAGACAUGUUUACCCAACAGUUUAUAAAUUCGUAAGAAAAAGACUUUGA